AUGGGAGGUGAGUCAUCUAAGUUACGUCAUUCCUCUUCUACAAAAAGCAAAUUACCAUCUAUCCGCUUACCUGGAUCACAUAGCUAUUACGAUGGAAUGUAUAAAAGCGUUGAAAAUGCGACAGAAGUUAACAGAGGACGUGCUGGCUCAGCAAGUAGUCGUGGAAGUCAACAACGGCAUCCAUUACCACUCAAAAUGCGCAGAUUAAUUCAAAGUUGUUUCUCCAAUCCACAUGAGCUUGUAGGUAGACGAGUGAUGAAGCGAGCAUGUGAUUUGAAACCUGAAUUCGGUAUUUUCUACAUGUCCAUGGAAGCAAGCAAACGAGAUGAUUUCGAGAAUGAUGUUAAGAUAAUGCUCAAGAAAGUUGUGACGAACAUUGAUUUCGUAGAUGAGGUUCAAAGGCAUUCUGAGGAAUUCGGGGCCAAGUUCGCUGAACUUCGUUCACUUGGCUUUCGACCAGACUUCUUUGCUGUUUUAGCUGACGCCACAAUUCAGGAAUGUACUCAUCUGGAUUCUGCAGUCCAUAAAGCUCAUACAACAACUCAUGCUUUCUCUCAGUUCGGAGCCAUGAUAUUCUCAUCGGUACGCGAUGGUUUCUAUGGUGAGGUCAGAAGGAUACGUAGAACGUCGAAUUCUUUCUCAUCAAAUGGUAGUCAACGCGUGAAAAAGCGAUCUAUUGAUAGCACAGCUGAUCCAGGAAGCUUCAAGGGAUCUAGUAGAGGCAAUUCACCUCGAACUUCAAUUUCAAGAGGUUGCUCACCUCGUAGUUGCUCACCUGAAUCACAAAUAUCCGAUGAAUGCUUCAUAACAGCUGAUAUUCAGCCAGAAGAUGAUGGGUUUCUGAAGCCACCAACUAUGAAUAUGGUGACGACGAGAAGUUAUUAA